AACUCCAACAAGAAACUUCUCAACAUGCCUGGACGUGAUGAUGCUGUGUACCUCGCCAAGCUCGCCGAGCAGGCAGAGCGUUACGAAGAGAUGGUCGAAAACAUGAAGACCGUGGCCUCUACAGACCAGGAACUCACCGUCGAAGAGCGCAACCUCCUCUCUGUUGCGUACAAAAACGUGAUCGGUGCCCGCCGGGCUUCUUGGCGCAUCGUCUCCUCGAUUGAGCAAAAAGAGGAGAGCAAGGGUAACGGCGAGCAAGUCACUCUCAUCAAGGAGUACCGCGUCAAGAUUGAGCAGGAGCUCGCACAGAUCUGUGAGGACAUCCUCGACGUGCUCGACAAGCACCUCGUCCCAUCUGCUCAAAGCGGCGAGUCCAAGGUCUUCUACCACAAGAUGAAGGGAGACUACCACCGCUACUUGGCCGAGUUUGCUACCGGCGACAAGCGUUCCGACUCUGCCGAAAAGUCUCUUGAGGCAUACAAGGCUGCGUCCGACGUUGCCGUGACUGAAUUGCCUCCUACGCACCCAAUCCGUCUCGGUCUCGCUCUCAACUUUUCCGUGUUUUACUACGAGAUCCUCAACUCCCCAGACCGGGCUUGUCACUUGGCCAAGCAGGCAUUUGACGAUGCCAUUGCAGAGCUCGACACAUUGUCGGAGGAAUCGUACAAGGACUCUACGCUCAUUAUGCAGCUGCUCCGUGACAACUUGACAUUGUGGACUUCGGACAUGCAGGACGGUGACAAGGAGAAGGAGCAAUCUGCUGCCGCUGCACCGGCGACGGAUGCUCCAGCAGCUGCCAAGGCGGAGGAAGCCUCAUAGGCAUCAUUGGGUUCCUUCUAUCGUAACCCGUUGAUUCACGCUACUUAAGACUCUGCGUGUUUCUGAUAGAUUGAGGCAGUAUCCGAGUUUCUCUUUCCAUG